CUGAUCCUGAUCCAAUAACUCAGACAUACGAAGAAGAAACCCCAACUCUUGAAGCUUUUAAUCGAGUAGAGGAUAUUUACUUUAAAGAAUGUUCAGUUGGAAGGGAUCUAGAAAGAUCACAUAAAAAUCGAUCUUUAAUGAGCAAAUAG